AUGCAACAGCUACUGGACCAACUCGAUGUGGUGACAGCCUUUCUCUACGGAGUGAUGAAGGAGAAGGUGUACUGCGUGAUACCAGAAGGCGUCGAGAUGGAUGGCGACUUCGACUGUCUCGAGUUGGUGAAGGCGAUCUACGGUCUCAAGCAAGCUUCACGUGUGUGGAACGAGACUUUCUACGAGUUCGUAUGCUUUAUCGGUUUCAAAGUGUCGGCGUUCGACCCAUGUCUCUACAUCAAGGUUGUCGACGGUCAUUGUGUGCUCGUGCUGGUCUACGUGGAUGACGUGUUGGUCACCGGCAGCUCGCUCGAGUUGAUUGCGCAGACGAAGGCCGACCUCAAGACGCGUUUCGAGAUGACCGACAGUGGCAAGUGUACUUUUGUACUGGGCAUCGAACUGGUGGAUGAAUCGGAUGGCAGCGUGACGAUGUGCCAGCGACGGUAUGUCAACGACAUCCUCAAGUGCUUCGGCAUGGAUGAGUGCAAGGCCACAGCAAGUCCGGUCGACUUGAGCACUCGGCUUGUCGCAAGCACCGAAGCGGCCAAGAUCGACGUUCCGUUUCGUGAAGCUGUGGGAGCUUUGAUGCACUUGACGACUGCGACGCGCCCGGACAUUGCGUAUGCUGUGGGGUACGUCUCGCGCUUCAUGGAGAAUCCGCAGCAAGAACAUUGGACGGCGGUGAAGCGCAUCUUUCGUUACUUGCAAGGGACCAAGUCGCACGGACUCCGCUUCCAGCCAAGCGACAAGAUCGACUUUCGUGGCUACUCGGACGCGGACUGGGCCGGCGACCACGCUGAUCGCAAGUCGACUUCGGGUUACACUUUCAUGCUGAUGGGUGCUCCUGUGAGUUGGGGAAGCAAGAAGCAGUCAAGAAGGCAAGUGGGUGUAUCGAUUGCUAUGCGAAAUUUGGCGGCCGCAAACGAACCAGGACCGGACCUCGUCAUCCGUGAAGACAACCAUUCGUGCAUCAAGAUGACGAAGAAUCCGGUGAAUCAUGGCCGCGCCAAGCACAUCGACAUCAAGUACCAUCACAUCCGUGAUGAGGUCAAGCGCGGUGAAGUGCAGCUCGAGUAUUGCGAGACUUCCGAGAUGAUGGCGGACAUCAUGACCAAGGGACUUUCGGGACCUCGCCAAAGGGACUUGACGACGGCUCUCGGCAUUCGUGCGAGUUCGGCUUGA